AAAAACCAACCCCAAGCAAAAAAAAAAACUCGCAGUUUCCUCUUUCGGUCCGCUCUAUCCAUACUACAAAAACCUGAAAAGUGAAAACUCCUCACUCUCUCUCUCUCCUCCGCAGACUCACACCAUUAACAACCACCUUGAUUUUCUCUCUCCUCUCCUUCAUCAAUGGCUGACGCCGCCGCCGCAACCACCAAUACAACCACCACCUCCGCCUCCGCCAUCGUCGACGAUGCCAAAGACAUCGAGAAGCUUUACGAGUAUGGCGAGCGUCUUAAUGACGCCAAAGAUAAGUCUCAGAACGUGAAGGAUUAUGAAGGGAUUAUACAGGCGGCCAAAGGUAGUACGAAGGAAAAACAGCUCUCUGCUCAGCUUAUUCCGAGGUUCUUCAAGUACUUCCCUGACCUUUCAACCAGUGCGGUCGACGCUCAUCUUGAUUUGUGCGAAGAGGAAGAUCUCGGGGUUCGUGUUCAAGCUAUCAGGGGUCUUCCCCUUUUCUGCAAGGAUACACCAGAAUAUGUCUCUAAGAUCGUUGACAUUCUCGCUCAAUUGCUAAUGGCUGAGGAGAAUGUGGAACGGGACGCAGUUCAGAAAGCCUUGAUGUCUCUGCUGAGGCAGGAUGUGAAAGCAUCAUUAUCAGCAUUGUUUAAGCAUGUUGAGAGCAUAGAUGAGAGUACUGACGAAACUAUUCGGGAUAAGGUUUUAACCUUUAUCAGAGACAAGGUUUUUCCCCUGAAAGCUGAACUUCUAAAGCCACAAGAGCAAAUGGAGAGACAUAUAACUGAGUUAGUUAAAAAGAGUCUGCGAGACGUAACUGGUGCUGAAUUUAAGAUGUUCAUAGACUUUUUAAAGAGUUUGACCCUAUUUGGUGAUAAAGCUCCUCCAGAGCGUCUCCGGGAACUUAUUGAAAUUAUAGAAAGCCAAGCUGAUCUGGAUGCACAAUUUGAUGUCCUAGAUGUAGACCAUAUUAACAGGCUUAUAUCAUGCCAAUACAUUGCCAUUCCCUUUUUCAUGCGGGGUGCAACCAACAGCAAUUUUCUUAACUAUGUGCACAAACAUAUAAUUCCAGUUUUUGAUAAGCUUCCAGAGGACCGGAAGCUGGAUCUGCUGAAAAAUCUUGCUGAAAGUUCUCCGUAUACCACACCACAGGAUGCACGCCAGAUCCUUCCUUCCUUUGUUCAGCUUCUAAAGAAAUACAUGCCUCGGAAGAGGACUGGAGAAGAGAUGAACUUCACUUAUGUCGAGUGCUUAUUGUACACGUUUCACCAAUUGGCUUCAAAGGCUCCCAAUGCCAGCAACAGCUUAUGUGGUUACAAAAUUGUUACUGGCCAACCAUCUGAUAGGAUAGGGGAGGACUUCUCAGAGCAGUACAAGGACUUUACUGAGAGGUUGAAAUGUGUUGAGGAGCUAUCCAGGGCUACCAUGAAGAAGUUGACUCAGGGUAUGGAUGAACAAAACAAGAGGAUGGCAUCUGCAUCCGACGAAGUUAAAGAGAAGAUUAAAACUGAAAAGCAAAAUGCCACAACAGGACUGAAAACCUGCAACAACAUUCUGGCUAUGACACAGCCACUACAUAAAAAUUCACCUUCCUUUAUUGGGGACAAGAGGAUCAACUUAUCAUGGAAAGAACCAGUAAAAUCAGCCGUUCAUUCAGCUACUGCUAAUGCUGGGGGGAAACGACCUGCUAGCUCUUCCCAGAAUGGUUCCAACAGCCAUGCUGCCAAAAAAGGCCGUGGAGGCGGAGGAUAUCAGAACCAGCUCGUUAAUAGGGCGCUGGAAGGUAUUUCUUAUGGAGGGAGAAGCGGUGGUAGAGGGGGCAGAGGAAGAGGAUGGGGUGGACGUGGUAGAGGGAGGGGAUUUCGGUAAAAUCCCGAGUUCUAGAUUUGCUAGGUAGGCGGAAUGCUAUUUAAAGUGGCAGUGUGGUUGAAAGCUGGAAAUUUUUACACAAAGAACUCAACUGUGCCGUAGAAUGUUCAGAAGUACACUUGAUUGGCAAAUGACAAGUUUUGUGUUAUGGGGAAGUGGCUGAGCUGAUGUUUAGUUUGUACUUUGUAGGGAUGAGAUUUUCUUGAUUACAUUCUUAACUGGAUAUUUGUUUAUUUUGGGGUUUUUUUAAUAGGCUUUGAUAUUUCUUCAUCUGUCUAAUUUGUAUUAUCUAGUAGCUUUUUUUACGUGGUUAUCUGUAGUUUUAGGGAUUUUGCUUGUUUUGCUCAAUUUUCUCAGUUAUAGUAAUGGACUAAUGCUAUCUUGCAAGUA